GCGAAAUUUUAUCAAGACAAAGCGCUCGAGUACUUACGCACACCUACCACAUUCACGGACGAAGGCUUUGCGCUGCCUGACUCCGCGCGCUGUGUCGCUUCAAUGCACGCGACUGUUUGUCUUGCAUUUGCAGGACUUUGAUCAGCAACGAAUCCAGGCCCUGCAACAGUAACAGCAACAGGCCGCAGCGCUCUCACAAGCAUGGCGUUCAACUUCAACUGGUCGCCGCUCAUCGCGGACACCGAGCGAGUGCGCGAUAUGCUCACCAAUGCGCUCAAUAAAUCGCCGAAGCCGCCCAUCAUUGUUGACGAUAUCAUUGUGAAUGAGCUGAAUCUUGGAUCUACGCCGCCGGAGCUCGAGAUAUUGGAGAUAGGCGAUUUGGCAGAAGAUCGAUUUCGGGGAAUAUUCAAGAUGAGCUAUACCGGAGACGCGUACCUCACGCUGAAGACGCGAGUGCAAGCGAAUCCGCUGAAUACCUAUCUAUCAACAAAACCGAGCUUCGCGAGUCCGCAACCUUUGGCGGCAAGCAGCAGCUUGACAAUACCUAUACAGAUCUCGUUGUCGGAGAUUCGUCUGUCUGGUUUCGUCAUAUUGGUGUUUUCGAAGCAGAAAGGCAUCACGAUUGUCUUCCGAAAUGAUCCUCUCGAAAAGCUGAAAGUAUCCUCAACUUUCGACUCAAUCCCAUUUGUGCGAGAUUAUCUGCAGAAGACGAUCGAGAACCAGCUACGGACUCUAUUCAUGGAAGACUUGCCUGCCAUCAUCCAUCGACUCUCUUUGCAGAAGUUCAGCCCGGAAUAUCAAACGGCCGAGAACCAGGAGCCAAAGAAGAGUUCGAAUAGCAAUCCAGUGGAUCGUUUCGUGAACCCAGCAUUACUUGACGACGAAGUCGAAAGCGAAUCAUUUUCCCUCGACCCACCCGCAGAAACUUACGCCUCAUUCUCCCAGAAGAACAUGGUGCGUUUAGCAGCUCUCACCGAGAGCCAGAAGACUCUGAGCCUGUUCACACCUAGUAUAAGAGAUUGCGUCUAUCGAGCUUGGGCAAGUGCACAUCGCGAUGACUUCAGCGGGACAAACUCGCCAACACGACCCGUCACUUUGUCUAGACUGCAAUCCUCGAUCGCCUUGCACAGCACAGUAUCCUCAGCUGCUUCGCAGGCUUCCGGAGCAGGCUCAGAGGCUACUAGGCCAAGUCUUGCCAGCAUGCACUCUACCGGAACAGUAUACAGCCUUGGAAGUGGAAUAUCACGCACGAGGCCGGGCAAGAAGAGGAAACACCGCGUUGUCAACCUCAGGAAGAACAAGGAUGACAAGGAUACCGUUGAUACUUUCAGCUUGUCCAGUGGUUACGAUGAUAGCGCAAGUCGAAGUCUCAGUGAGUCUGGCCGAUCAAACGCUGUCAAAUCGAGCACAGAGGCCACCACUGCGCCAUCAAGCAAGCUGCGAGAGGGAGAAAUCACGACACCACCGAAGAGUCCAGGGAAGAGAAUCGACUCGCGCACGACGGAUCGCACUGCGUCGAUGAAUAGCCGGCAAGUGCCACAAUCACGACCAGAGACGCCGAAACAGUCUCUCAGGCCACCUGUCGAGGAGGAUCUUGACCGCACCCCUCGAGCAUCAACUGUGCUGCCGCAGAAGACAGUCAAAGCCGAGAAGCCAUCUACCUCAACUAGAAAUCAAUUCCCAGAAAUGCGAUCAUUCCCAUCACGAUCGCCUUCUCCAGAGCUGCGACGAAGCUCGAGCGAUAAUAGUCGUACAUCAUCGGACGUCAAAUUGCAAAGUCUCCUCUCUGCGUUUAGCGAAGGCAGCUCUGGUGGUAUUCUUGAACAAGCUUGGAUGCAGAAAAUGGCUUCCGAGAUUGCUAAGAAGGUCGAGCAGGAACGGGCGAAGCAGAAGGCCUGGCGAGCGUCCUCCGAGGACGGCUUGCGCGAUGGCGAAGAAGCGCCGCCUGCAUAUGUUUCAUGAAGCUUGUGUUAUUUGCGAUCUUUCAUUCUGAGCGCGGCGUCGGGGACUUUAAACAGGAAAGGAUGUUACGAUGAGAUGCCCUCACGAGACUCGUUUGAGCGAGCUAUGCAGCAUGUUUGGGCCAAUAUUGAAGGCGGACCUCAGUGUGGAUAUCGCACCUCUUUGUAACGACAAUACCUGGUGGUAGAACACCAAGCCUCGAGCUUGAUUGUACAGAUUAUAUUCAUAGAUCCUCCACAGCGAGGUAAUUUACCUCUUGU